GAAUCGCGCGCCGUGUAGCCGCACUAGUGACGCCACGGGCGUUGCCCGGCAACGGCGAACGCGUGGGAGCGGGCGGCCUGAUGGCUCGGGCUCAGGUCCGGGGGCGGUGGCGUGUGCAGCGCGGACGCCCAUUUCGCCGUCCGGCCCGGCCUCUGGGACUUGCCCGUGGCCCCUAUCCUCCUCUCGGGGCGCCCCCCAGGAGUCCCAUCCCCCACGCCCCGAGCCGCCCCGCCCCUCCCGGCCCCCAGGGGUCCCCCGCCGACCGCUAUGGCCUCGGAGAUGGUGAAGGUGGUGGUGCGCUGUCGCCCCAUGAACCAGCGAGAGCGGGAGCUGAACUGCCAGCCAGUGGUGACUGUCGACUCCGCGCGCGGCCAGUGCUUCAUCCAGAACCCAGGCGCCGCCGCCGAGCCCCCCAAGCAGUUCACCUUCGAUGGCGCCUACCACAUGGAGCACUUCACGGAGCAGAUCUACAAUGACAUCGCCUACCCGCUAGUGGAGGGUGUCACCGAGGGCUACAAUGGCACCAUCUUUGCCUAUGGCCAGACAGGCAGCGGGAAAUCCUUCACCAUGCAGGGCCUGCCGGACCUGCCCUCCCAGAGGGGCAUCAUCCCCAGGGCCUUCGAGCACGUGUUUGAGAGCGUCCAGUGUGCAGAGGACACUAAGUUUCUGGUCCAGGCCUCGUACCUGGAGAUCUACAAUGAAGAUGUCCGUGACCUCCUGGGGGCUGACACCAAGCAGAAGCUGGAGCUGAAGGAGCACCCCGAGAAAGGUGUGCACGUGAAGGGGCUGUCCAUGCACAUGGUGCACAGUGUGGCCCAGUGUGAGCGCAUCAUGGAGACCGGCUGGAAAAACCGAGCAGUGGGCUACACUCUGAUGAACAAGGACUCCUCACGCUCCCACUCCAUCUUCACCAUCAGCAUCGAGAUCUACGCCGUGGAUGAGCAGGGUGAGGACCACCUCCGAGCUGGCAAGCUGAACCUGGUGGACCUGGCGGGCAGCGAACGGCAGUCCAAGACAGGGGUCUCUGGGGAGCGGCUCAAGGAGGCCACCAAGAUCAAUCUGUCCCUGUCGGCACUGGGCAACGUCAUCUCUGCCCUGGUGGAUGGGCGCUGCAGGCACAUCCCCUACCGGGACUCCAAGCUGACACGGCUACUGCAGGACUCCCUGGGCGGCAACACCAAGACCCUGAUGGUGGCCUGCCUGUCCCCCGCCGACAACAAUUAUGACGAGACUCUCAGCACGCUGCGCUAUGCCAACCGAGCCAAGAACAUCAAGAACAAGCCUCGCAUCAACGAGGACCCCAAGGACGCCCUCCUGCGCCAGUACCAAGAGGAGAUUAAGAAGCUCCGGGCCAUCCUGGCACAGCAGCUCAGUCCCGGUGGCCUGUCAGCCCUGCUGUGCGGCCAGCUGCCCCUGAGCCCUGCCCAGGUUGAGGAGAAGCUGUUGUCCAGCCCUGUGGUCCCGCAGGACAUGGAGGCUGAGAAGCAGCUGAUCCGGGAGGAGUACGAGGAGCGCCUGGCCCAACUGAAGGCUGACUACGAGGUGGAGCAGGAGUCCCGAGCCAGGCUGGAGGAGGACAUCACUGCCAUGCGCAACUCGUAUGACGUGCAGCUGUCCAUGCUGCAGGAGAACCUGCGGAAGGGGACAGAGACCGUUCUGAAAGCAGAAGUCCUCCACAAUGCCGAGGUCAUGUCCAGGGCUGAGUUUGCCAACAUGUCUGAGCAUGUACCUGCCUUCCAGUUCGAGGCAGCCGUGAAGCCUUCUAUCUUCUCCAUACCUGAUCCCCUGCCCAGGGAUGAGGUCUCCAACACCCAGAUUUCCCCCAGAUUUGAGGAGCUUCGCAGGGCAGAGCCCUCCAAGUCUGAGAUUUCUCUCAGGUCCAGUGAGUCCUCCAUGCUGGAAGAAUCCUCCAUGUCUGAGGCCCUCCCUGGGCCUGAGGAGCUUUCCAACCUGGAGCUCUGUGGGCCUGAGGUGCGUUCCCAGAGCAAGUACUUCCUGAAUGAAGACCCUGGCCAGGAGGACUCUGAGACCCGGCUGGAGGGUGAGAACUACAUCCAGGUGGAGGAGCAGCCACUGGUGCCCCCGAAGAUGGGACUGAGCCUGCGGGACCCAUUUGCUGAGGUGGAAGCCAAGCUGGCCAGACUCUCCUCCAUGGUGGCCAGGACAGAUGUGCCGCAGGUCCCCAUGAAGCACACCUCUCCGACAGACCUGUUGGAGCCCAGUGACACCAGGUCUGAAGCUGAGGUGGCCACCAACCUCCCACUCCCCAUUGAGGUACAUCUGGCCCUGGAAGUGGCAGAGGUGUCCGCAGCAGAGCCAGAUACAUGGAUGGAAGCUGAGCCCCAGAUGGCCCUGGCGGCCCAGCCUCAGCCCCUGCUGGCCACAGCAAGUGCAAGAAGGGAGAGUGUGGGUGUGGGUGUUGCCGUGCCGACAGAGGAGCUGCUGCCUGGGGUGGACCAGCAGCAGGUGCUGGCCCGUUUGCAGCUGCUGGAGCAGCAGGUGGUGGGCGGGGAGCAGGCCAAGAACAAGGACCUGAAGGAGAAGCACAGGCGGCGGAAGCGGUACGCAGAUGAACGCAAAAAACAGCUGGUGGCCGCGCUGCAGAACUCGGAAGAGGAUGUCGGGGACUGGGUGCUGCUUAAUGUCUACGACUCCAUCCAGGAGGAAGUGAGAGCCAAGAGCAAGCUGUUGGAGAAGAUGCAGAGGAAGCUUCGGGCAGCAGAGGUGGAGAUCAAAGACCUGCAGUCGGAGUUCGAGCUGGAGAAGAUCGAUUACCUGGCCACCAUCCGGCGGCAGGAGCGAGACUCCCUGCUCCUCCAGCAGCUCCUGGAGCAGGUGCAGCCCCUGAUCCGCAGGGACUGCAACUAUAGCAACCUGGAGAGGAUCCGGCGCGAGUCAAGCUGGGAUGAGGACAGCAGCUCCUGGAGGAUCCCCGAACCUGUCAUCGUAAAAACCAGCCUCCCAGCAGCAGUUCCAACUGGGCCACAGACCAAGCCAGCCCGAAAAACCUCUGCCUCAGACAGCAGAGAGCCAAACAUGGAAGAAGACCGCUACAGGCUGAUGCUUAGUCGGAGUGACAGUGAAAAUAUUGCCAGUAACUACUUCCGGUCCAAGCGAGCCAGCCAGAUCCUCAGCACGGACCCCAUGAAGAGCCUUGUGCAUCACAGCUUGUCGCCAGGCCUCAGCUCCCAGCUCAGCAACAACUCUACCAUCCCAACCACCCAGGCCCUUGAAAUGCCCCAGCCCCGGCCCUUCCGCCUUGAGUCCCUUGACAUCCCUUUCACCAAGGCCAAGCGUAAGAAAAUCAAAAGCAACUUGGGCAGUGAGGCUCUGUGAUGGCAGCUGCUUGCCGCUACCUGCCUUUAGGCUUCUAAACUGCCAGGCCCUCCCAGGCCAGCCCCUAUUAGGCCUCUUCCCUCAUCCUCCCAGAGCGACUGGGGCCCAAGAGGGUCCUCACCCUCGGGAAGAUACAUCCCCUUCCCUGUUCCCCAGAGCCCACCUCUGCCCAGGCCUGAGCCCCUGAGAGGCCUGCUCCAGCUGUCUAUGCCACGUUAGUGUUUCCGUCUACUCUUUGGCCAUGGAGCCUGCAACUUGUGCCACAGAGUGGCCUUUGCCUUGCUGGGCUCCGCAGCUUCAGGCCUGCUGUAGGGCCUUCGGCAGCAGCCUUGGCAGCAGCUGACGCACAGAUGAAGCCCACAUCCUGGUAACUGAAAUUUGUGCCUCUGUGUAGGUGGCCCUUUCCAGAGGACAGCCUGGCCCUGCAGGACGGGCACACAAGUCCUGGAGCAGCCGUUCUGCUCGGGCCACUUCUGGCUGGACUGUGGCCCAAAGAAGGCUGCUGCACAUUAAGCUGCCCAAUAAACUGCCUUUUAGAAAGA